UUUAAUAGAGACUGCUGAAUGAAAUGAGCAAGGCCUGCUUAUUUCCUCUUCGUCAAGUCAACAUGUGGGAGCCCUGUAUCAUUUAUUUGGGUGGRGUGGUUCUGAAUAUUCAGAUAAUGAACGUUGAUGCUUUAAUCUGAGCUCAGCAGCUGCAUGCCAAAAAAAAAAAAAAAAGGCAAACAGGAGAAGUAAUUUUUCUGCCUGAAGACAUUUUCUUGCACGCCAGCUGAUCACUCCUGUUGGGACUGAGACGCUUAUCAAUCAAGCUGCUUAUUGAUCUGGUGACGUCAUGGUGAAAUGGACGGAAGAGGAGCGCGAGACCAUCAGAUCAGUUUGGGAGAAAGUUGAUAUCGAUGAGACUGGGCCUCAGGUUAUAGCGAGAAUUCUGAUUGUUUACCCCUGGACAGAGAGAUAUUUUGGCACAUUUGGRGAUAUUUUCACCAACAGUGCCAUUCUAACCAACUCCAAAGUGGCCGCUCAUGGGAAGGUUGUGCUGAGAGCUCUGGACAGAGCCGUGAASAACCUGGACAACAUCRGGGAGACGUAYACUGCUCUCAGCAGGCUGCACUACGAGAAACUCAACGUGGAUCCUGACACCUUCAAACUGUUGGCUGACUGCAUCACCAUCACCAUCGCCUGUAAACUCAGGUCUGCGCUGGACCCUCRGGUCCAAGUAACCUGGCAGAAGUUUCUGUCUGCUGUGGUUGAAGCCAUGAACAGUCAAUACAAAUAAAACAAAACAUGUUCUUCUUUCGGCKGUUGCCUCUUCAUCGUCUUCUGCAUCUCUGUCCUCACUCCAACUCCACGCCCUCUCUGCAUCCAUAAAUUUCAUAAUAAGUUGCAGAAGUUGCAAACAUCCUUAAAUGUCCCUCCUCUGGACACGUCCAAAUCAUCAGCCUCCUUCAUGCAAUCCUUCAACCUGUGCUGUACCUGUGAAAACCUCUUUCCUGAUCUUAUCCAUCCUCACCACUCAGGAGAACUCUCAGUACCUCGAGUUCAUUUGUUCCACAAACUAUGAAGUUCCUUUGUAAAWGUAUUUCUCUGAUUUACUGUUAAAUCUUGAAGCUUUGUGUAAGAUGUUUGGCCGUGGAUAAAAURUGCCUGUAUUUGUUCUUCUAUCAUGAAUCCAUUUCCCCACUGGGAUAAAUAAAGAUUUUUAUCUUAUCUUAUCUGAACCUUUGUGAACAUUUCUUAUAGCCUCACUUUUCCACCUGCCUCCCUCUCAUUCUCUCAUAUCUAUUGUCUUGAUAUGACUUUCAGUCUUUUCAUUUCAAAUGCAUAUCUCUUCGAGCAUUCAAGUAUAAAAAAUGAGUAUUCUGAAGAAAUAUGAAGAAUUAUAAGUG